CAGAGGGAGGAGUAGGAGACGGGAAUGCAUAAUGCGUGAGUGACAGAGGGCGUGCAGGCGGCUGGCGGAGUCCAGAAGACGCGGAUGUUCCUCUCCCAGGGUCCAGGGAUGCCCUCUGCUUCUUUAUUAGUUUAUUUGCUUUUAGCGUUACUCAUUCAUUUCGCAUCUGGAGAAACGGAAGUGAAGUUCAGUGGACAAACAGAAUUUGUAGUCAAUGAAACAAGUACAACUGUUAUACGUCUCGUAAUUGAAAGGACAGGGAAGCCUGCUAACAUCACAGCAAUUGUGUCGAUUGAUGGAGAAGACACAGGAGACUUUUUUGACACAUACGCAGCUGCAUUUAUACCCGAUACAGAAACAAACCGAACAGUGUAUAUAUCUGUCUGUGAUGAUGAUCUUCCAGAGGCUGAUGAGACAUUCACAUUUCACUUGACACUACUGUCUGUCACAGUAACAAUUUUAUCAAAUGACAAUGCCUUUGGAAUAAUUUCUUUUAACAUGUCUGCCUUAAUCACAGUGAAUGAACCUAGGGGCAGAAAUGAAUUUGUGCCUCUCACUCUAAUUAGGGAGAGAGGAACCUACGGGACGGUCGUUGUAACUUUUGAGAUAGAAGAUGGACCAAACUCAGCUGAAGAAGACUUAAGUCCAGCCAGAGGAAAUAUUACAUUUACCCCUGGGAGAUCAGUGUUGGUUUAUAAUUUAACAGUACUUGAUGAUCAGGUACCUGAAAAUGAUGAAAUCUUUGUUGUUCGUCUGAAGAGCGUGGAGGGAGGGGCUGAAAUCAACAACACAAAAAAUUCUGUGUGGAUUAAUAUUAGGAAAAAUGACAGUCCUGUGCGUUUUGUUCAGAGUGCUUAUAUGGUGCCUGAGGAAGAUGAAGUGGUAACAAUCCAAGUGGUUCGUGGUAAGGAUGUCAGUGGAAAAUUAAUUGGACCUGAUGAAGACGAAGUCUCUGUCAGUUACGCCAUCAUAACUGGGGAUUCAACUGCACAUGCACAGCUUAAUGUAGACUUCCUAGAUCUACAGCCAAAUACAACUCUUGUUUUCCCACCUCUAGUUCAUGAAACAUAUUUGAAAUUUAGGAUCCUUGAUGAUGCCAUACCAGAAAUUGCUGAGACCUUUCAGAUUAUGCUUCUUAAAGACACUUUGCAGGGAGAUGCUGUUUUGAUUUAUCCAUCUGUUGUUCAUGUCACUAUCCAGCCGAAUGAUAAACCCUAUGGAGUGCUGUCAAUCAACAGUGUUCUGUUAGCUCACACUGUUAUCAUUGAUGAAGACCAAAUUUCAAGGUUUGAAGGGAUCACAAUUGUAAGAAAUGGUGGAACACAUGGAAAUGUUUCUGUUUCCUGGGUUAUAAUCCGAAAUAGCAGUGAUCCUUCACCUGUGACUGCAGACCUACUUCCAGAGGCGGGGGAGGUAACUUUUGAUCAAGGUCAGAUGCUGGUGACCCUUCAUCUGGACAUUAUUGAUGAUGAUAUACCAGAAGAGGCGGAGCCUUAUCUUCUGAAACUCCUAGCUCAUACAAUUCAGGGUGGUGCAGAAGUCAGUGAGCCAUCUGAGCUUCUGUUUUACAUUCAGGACAGUGAUGAUGUUUAUGGCCUAAUAAAAUUUCAUCCUUUGGAGAAUCAGAAGAUUGAAAGUAAUCCAGUGGGACGCUUUUUAUCCUUGAGUUUUGCGAGAGAAAGAGGAACAGUUGGAGAUGUGCAGUUGGUUUUUACUGCACUGUAUAUUCCAGCUGGAGCUCUGGAUCCUGAGAGAGCAAAAGGUGGCAUUCUAAAUAUGUCUAGAAGAAGUACUCUCACCUUUCCAGAAGGAAAAGCACAAGCUACUGUAAAUAUACCAAUACGAAAUGAUGCAUUUCUUCAAAAUGGAGCUCACUUUGUCAUACAGCUGGAAAAAGUUGAGCUGCUGAACAGAAUCCCUCUUGUCCCACCUGUGAGUCCUAGAUUAGGUGAAAUUCGGAAUAUUUCUUUGAGGAUUACUCCAGAUAUUGCAAAUGGAGAAAUAGGCUUUACUAGCAAUCUUCCAAUUAUUCUUUCUGAGCCAGAAGACUCACCUGCUACAGUGGUUUCCAUUCCAUUGCAUCGAGAUGGGACUGAUGGUCAAGCAACAGUGUUUUGGAGUUUGAGACCCUUUGGUCCCAAUCACAAGGCAGUAACACCGGAUGAUAUAAGUCCUUUUAAUGGCUCUGUUUUUUUCUUAUCUGGACAAAGUGAUACUACAAUCAACAUUACUGUUAAAGCUGAUGAUAUACCUGAAAUGAACGAAACCGUGUUAUUAACUUUGGACAGGGUCAGUGUGGAAAAUCAAAUACUGAAAUACGGGUUUACUACUCGUGAGAUUACUAUUUUGGAAAAUGAUGAUCCUGGAGGAGUGUUUGAAUUUUCUCCCUCUUCCAGAGGUCCCUAUAGUAUCAAGGAAGGGGAUUCUGUCGAACUGCAGAUUGUCCGCAGCAGAGGGAGCCUUGUCAGGCAGUUUCUGCGAUACACUGUGGAACCAAGGGACAAUAAUGAGUUUUAUGGAAGCACAGGAAUUCUGGAAUUUAAGCCUGGGGAAAGAGAGAUCAUAAUUACUCUUUUGACAAGGAUGGAUGGGAUUCCAGAGCUGGAUGAGGCAUAUGCUGUUGUGCUCAGUGGCUACAGUGAAAUGUCAGGCAAGCUGGGGAAUGCCACAAGGGUCAGUAUAACCAUUUUGAAGAAUGAUGAUCCACAUGGUGUCAUUCAGUUUCUACCUGAUGAACUAUCAGUAACAAUAAAGGAAAGUAAAGGAGAAAUCAUCUAUGCUGCCUCUUACAGACUUGUAAGAAGCCAAGGAAACUAUGGUAAUGUGAGUGUGUCCUGGAUUGUUGACCCAGCAUGUACCAAUGACAUCUAUCCAGAACAAGGGACUGUUUUCUUUGAUAAUCUGGAGUUUUCAAAAAAUAUCACAAUUUACUCUCUACCAGAUGAGGUACCUGAAGAGAUGGAGGUAUUCAUAAUCAGAUUAUUCAAUGCCACUGGUGGAGCUAGACUGGGCAAUAUAACCAGAGCAUUUUUACAAAUCACAAGGAAUGAUGAUCCCAUUUAUUUUGCAGAACCUCUAAUAGUGAGCGUUACAGAAGGGAGUGUUGCAAACUUUACAAUCCUAAGGAAUGGAUCCUCUGAUGAAGUUGUUGCUGUUCAGUAUAUUACUGUUAAUGGAGAUGCUACAGCUGAAGAGGGAGACUUUGUUCCCAGUGAAAAGGACAGUUUCAUUCUAUUCGAUGUCGGAGAAAGAGAGCAGACCUUAUCUGUGUAUGUUAAUGAUGAUGAUACCCCUGAAACUGAUGAAUCAUUUUAUAUCUUCCUUUUGAAUUCAACAGGAGAUACUGUUAUCUUUCAUGCUGGAGUUGCUACAGUUAUUAUUGAAGCAAAUGAUGAUCCUAAUGGAAUUUUCUUCUUAGAACCUCUAGAGAAGCCAGUAGAAGAAGGAAAAAGUAAUUCUUUUUUGAUUUUGAGACAGAGAGGACACUUUGGGAAUGUCUCAUUAGCCUGGCAGCUGUUUCAUAAUGACUCUGCACUGAAGCCAGGAGAAGAGUUCUCUGAAACUUAUGGGACUGUGUACUUCAUGGAUGGUGAAGGAUCAAAACUGAUAGUUCUCCAUGCUCUUUCAGAUAAAAUUCCUGAAUUCAAUGAAUUUUACAUUUUAAAGUUGGUGAACGUUUCAGGUGGGUCUCCAGGUCCUGGUGGGAAGUUGUCUGAAACAAGCACUGCUGUAACUGUGAUGAUCCCUUUCAAUGAUGACCCUUUUGGAGUCUUCAUUAUAGAUCCAGAGAGUCAGGACAGAGAGAUAGCAGAAGAUGUUCUUUCUGAAGAUGAUCUUUCCUAUAUUACAGACUUCACCAUCUGGAGACAGCAAGGCACUUUUGGUGUUGUCCGUUUAGGUUGGGAAAUACUGUCCAGUACAUUUCAAGAUGGAUUACCAUCAAUGAUAGACUUCUUGUUGCUGGGAUCAUUUCCAAGUUCAGUACAAUCUCAACCACACAUGAGACGUCAUCACAGUGGAACAGAUGCUUUGUAUUUCAGUGGAAAAGAGGAUGCAUUUGGAGUUAUUGGUCUGGAAUACCCAUACAAUGGAAAUACUGCAGUAACUAAUUUUACAUUUUCUGCAUGGUUAAUUCCUAAUGUCAAUACCAAUGGUUAUAUAGUUGAAAAGGAUGAUGGUAAUGGGACCUUAUAUUAUGGUGUGAAAAUCCAAACAAACGAUUCUCAUGUUUCUAUAGUGCUUCAUUAUACAGCACUAGGAUCCAAUAUUACAUACAUAGCCAAAGCAGCAGUCCUGAAAUAUCUGGAUGAAAGUACUUGGGUUCACAUUCUGAUUACUCUGGAUGAAAGUAUAAUUGAAUUUUACAUGGAUGGAAUUCCAGUUCCAGGAGGAAUUAAAAGCCUUAAAGGAGAAGCAAUUGCUGAUGGUCCAGGAAUAGUGAGAAUUGGAGCAGGAAUUAAUGGCAACAGCAGGUACACAGGUUUCAUGCAGGAUGUAAGGCUUUACGAGAGGAAAUUGACAGAAGCAGAGAUCUAUGAACUUCAUGCAACUCCUGCAAAGAGUGACAUACACCCUGUCUCUGGGUAUUUGGAGUAUCAGCAAGGAGAAACUAAUAAAUCAUUCAUUGUGUCUGCAAAGGAUGACAAAGAGGAAGAAGGAGAGGAGUUAUUCAUCCUAAAGCUCAUUUCUGUGUGUGGUGGAGCUCGAAUUUCACAAGAAAACACAACAGCAAGAUUAAGAAUACAGAAAAGUGAUAAUGCUAAUGGUUUAUUUGGCUUCACUGGAGCAUGUAUUCCUGAGGUGGCUGAUGAGGGUUCCACUAUAUCCUGUGUCGUGGAGCGUACAAGGGGAGCCCUAGACUACGUGUAUAUAAAUUACAUUAUCUCACAGGUUGAUUCCAGGGGCAUUAAUUACUCUGUUAGCGAUUUUUCUAACAGCAGUGGCACUAUCACAUUCCUUCCUUGGCAGAGAUCAGAGGUCUUAAAUUUGCAUGUUAUUGAUGAUGACAUUCCGGAGCUAAAUGAAUAUUUCCGUGUGACAUUAGUCUCUGCAGUGUCUGGAGAUGGAAAACUAGGUUCAACUCCCACCAGUGGAGCAAGUAUAGAUCCAGAAAAGGAAACUACUGAUAUCAGCAUUAAAGCCAGUGACCACCCAUAUGGUCUACUGCAGUUCUCAGUGGGGCCACCUCCUCAACCCAGUGAUGAAAUGAUUCUGCCAGCCUCUGCUGUGCCCCAUAUCACUGUUAAAGAAGAAGUUGGACAGAUCAGAUUAUUGGUAGUUCGUGCACAAGGGCUUCUUGGAACAGUUCUUAUGGAAUACAGGACAGUGCCACUUACAGCUUUCAGUCCUAAAGAUUAUCAGGCUGUUUGGGGCUCAAUGGAAUUUCAGCCAGGAGAAAGAUACAAGUACAUUACUGUUAACAUCACUGACAAUUCAAUUCCUGAACUAGAAAAAACUUUUAAAGUGGAGCUGUUGAACCCAGAGGGAGGAGUUGCUGAGCUUUUUAGAAAUGAUGGAAGUGGUAGUGGUGAUGGAAACAUGGAUUUCUUCCUUUCAGCUGUCCCUCAACAUGCUAGCUUGGGAAUUGCAUCCCACAUCCUUGUGACUAUUGAGGCUUCUGAUGAUGCUCAUGGUGUGUUUGAGUUCAGUGCUGAGUCCCUUUCAGUGAAUGGAACUGAGCCUGAAGAUGGAGAUAGCAAUGUUGUGCUGCAGGUUGUGAGAAGUCAUGGGGCCUUAUCUCAGGUGACAUUACAUUGGAUGAUAAUCUGUGAUCUUACCAAUGACCUGAUCUCUACAGAUGGGAAUGUAACAUUUGAUGUUGGCCAAGUGAGAGCAAAUAUUACAUUACAGAUUUCUCCUGAUGAUGUUCCUGAAUUGGAUAAGAUGUUUUCAGUUUUGAUCACCAAUGUCUCCCUUGGUCGUCUUGGAUAUCAUACUAAUGCAACAUUAACUAUUUUAGCAAAUGAUGAUCCAUACGGAGUCUUCAUCUUUUCUGAGCAAAACAGACCAAUUAAAGUUGAGGAAGAAACAAAGAAUAUCUCUCUGACAGUUAUAAGAUGUGCUGGUCUCCUUGGUACAGUAAUGGUGAAAUACAGAACUAUUGGUGAUGAAGAAAAGUUGCCCUUUCUUCCACCGGAUAUCGUCAGAGCAAUAGCGGGAAAAGACUAUACACCCAUUACAGGUUAUGUGAUCUUUGCAACCAAUGAAAGUGAGGCCACAAUAUCCUUGCCUAUUUUGGAUGAUGAUGAUCCUGAGAGAUCAGAAUCUGUUUUUGUGGAGCUAACCAGUGUUGUUUUGAUUAAGAAAGUUCAGGAUCGGCCAAUUAUAAAUUCUCCCCGACUUGGCUUAGUGGGUGAGACAAUAGCUCACGUGAUUAUCAAUGCCAAUGAUGAUGCUUUUGGAACACUUCAGCUUUCAGCUUCAGCUGUGAGAGUUGCUGAAAACUAUGUUGGACCAAUCAUUAACGUGACCAGAACUGGGGGAAUAUUUUCAGAUGUUUCUGUGAAAUUUAAAGCUAUGCCAAUAACUGCAACAGCUGGUGAGGACUACAGUGUAGCUUCAUCAGAUGUUGUCUUACUAGAAGGGGAAACAAGUAAAGCUGUGCCAAUUUAUAUAAUUAAUGAUAUCAAUCCUGAACUUGAGGAGUCAUUUUAUGUUCAGCUGCUGAACCAAACAACAGGAGGAGCCUUGCUUGGAUCUUUGACGAGAGCAGUCAUAACUAUUGAGGCUUCUGAUGACCCAUUUGGAUCCUUUGUUUUUCAGAAUACCGAAUUCAUUGUGGAAGAGCCUGAAUUUGGAUCAGUAACCAUAAAUCUGCCAAUAAUCCGCAAUGCUGGGACACUGGGUAAUGUUACUGUUCAGUGGGCUGCUACCAUUCAUGGACAUCCUGCUGAUGAUGACUUGCAAGUUGCCAUGGGUAAUAUAACUUUUGGCCCUGGGGAAGCCAUUCAGAUGUUGCUGUUGGAAAUCCUGGCUGAUGAUGUUCCAGAAGUAGAAGAGAUUGUCCAUGUAGAAUUAACUCAGGCCUCCAGCGGUGGUGCUAUUGGGUUAGAUGGCACAGCACGUAUUGUUAUACCUGCCAAUGAUAAUCCUUAUGGCACAGUUUUCUUUCAUCAAUCCUCAUAUCGAAUCCAGGAGCCACUAGAAAGAAGUUUACUUGCAAAUAUAUCAGUCAGGAGAAGUGGGGGAAGGUUUGGUCAGCUGCAAAUAUUUUACAGCACUUCUGACACUGACAUUGUAGCUCUUGCCAUUGAGCAAGGUGAGGAUAUACUGGACUAUUACGAGUCUCCUGUACAAGGAAUUCCUGACCAGCCAUCCAAGACCAGAGUGAAUGUAUCAGCAGCAAAUGACCCACUGUAUGCCUGUGCAGCUCAGUGCCUAAAAGAACAAGCAUGUUCAGCCUUUACAUUUUCCAGUGCCUCUGAGAUUCCUCUCUGCCUCUGGCUGACAACAGAGAUCAGGCCAUUAACUAACAUGUCAGGAUUAUGGACCUACAAGAAAAACAUCAGCAGUACAUCCAUUCUGUUCAGCACACAAGCCAUUGCUGGUAGUGACUACGAACCUGUCACAAGACAGUGGGCCAUCAUGCAUGAAGGGGAAGAGUUUGCAAAUCUCACAGUUACCAUACUCCCUGAUAGCCUGCCAGAGCUGGAUGAAACAUUCACUAUAUCCCUGUUGAAAGUUGAACUAUUGAAUAUCUCAGCCAGCUUAAAAAAUCAACCAACUAUUGGACAGCCAAAUACUUCCACAGUUAUCAUAAUGAUGAAUGGGGAUGCCUUUGGAGUAUUUAAGAUCUACAGUGUAAGCCCCAAUGCAACAGAGAAGUAUAUUGAAGUAGAAGAACGCCCUCAGGCCAACGUGCAGCUAAUGAUACACAGGACAGAAGGCAGCCUGGGACAGGUGGCAGUGGAAUGGCGUGUUGUUGGUGAAACAAAAAAGAUGGUCACUCUGACCAUUUUAGAUGAUCCAGAGCCGGAGGAUAAUGAAAGCAUCAUCGUCAGCCUGGUGCAUACUGAAGGAGGGAGUAGGAUUCUGCCCAGUUUUGACACUGUCACAGUGGUUAUCCUGGCAAAUGACAAUGUGGCAGGAAUCAUUAGCUUCCAGACAGAUGGGAGGUCUGUUAUUGGUCGUGAAGGAGAGCGACUGCAAUUUCAUAUUGUAAGAACUGCCCCAGGACUGGGAAAUGUUACAGUUGAAUGGAAGAUAGUUGGACAUAACGUACAACAAAAUUUUGAAUACUAUUCUGGAAUUCUCUUCUUUCCUGAGGGGAUAUUGAAUACAACAUUAUAUGUCCACUUGCUGGAUGACCAUAUUCCGGAGGAAAAAGAAGAGUACCGGAUCAUCCUAUACAACAUCAAAACAGAAGGUGUUUCUCCUUCUGGUGCUGCUGUUUUGGACAGUCAAGGAUAUGAAGCGGUUCUGACAGUAGAAGCUAGUGAUGAACCACAUGGAGUACUGAAUUUUGCUUCUCCAUCCAGGGUAGUUUUACUUCCAGAGGAAAACAAAACAGUUCAGCUUUUUAUUAACAGAGAAUUUGGAUCUCUAGGUGCUAUCAAUGUUACAUAUGCCACAGUUCCAGGAUUGGUCUCCUUAAGUAAUGAGACAGAGGGGACCUUGGCUGAACCAGGAGCUGAUUAUGUAGCUGUUUCUGACUCAGUGAUUUUGGAAGAAGGAGAAACAUCAGCUGCCAUAAAUGUUACUAUUCUAGAGGAUGAUGUACCAGAAGUGCAAGAAUUCUUCUUGGUUAAUUUAACUUCAGUGGAACUUGUUAUGAACCAUUCAACUUCCUCCCCACCUAGACUUGAUGUGGAAGGUUUAGCUUCUCAAAUUGUUAUUGAUGCUAAUGAUGGAGUAAGAGGAGUAGUUGAAUGGGAAAGUACCAAUUUUGAAGUUAAUGAAUCUCAUGGGAAUCUGACCAUAAUGGCAUACCGAAACAAAGGAUCUUAUGGCAAUGUGUCUGUGUUUUUUUAUGCCCAAAAUUUGGAAGCACAGCUGGGUUUGGAUUUUAAUGUGAUCCCAAGGACUCUUUUCUUUGCUGAUGGAGAAAGGAAUAAAUCUGUUGUUGUUGUGAUUUGUGAUGAUGAUAUUCCUGAAGGUGUUGAGAAGUUCCAGUUAAUUCUAACAAAUCCCUCAUUUGGCCUGGAAUUAGGGGAGAACACAACAGCCACAAUUACUAUACUUGCCAAUGAUGAUGGACAUGGAGUUUUAUCAUUCAAUAACAGUGAUCACUUCUUUCUAAGAGAGCAAACAGCUCUCCAUCUGAUGGAAAGUGUUGCAGUAUUAAAUAUUAUUAGAGAACCUCCUCAGGGAAUAUUUGGAACAGUGUCUGUUCAAUAUCUUGUAAGUGAAAUUAAUUCUUCUGAGCCAUCAGUGGAUUUGACCCCUUCUCAAGGAUACAUUGUUCUGGAAGAGGGAGUCAGAUUUAAGACACUGCAUAUUUCUGCAAUCCUGGAUGAAGAACCAGAAUUGGAUGAGCACUUUAUUGUCACCCUGUUCAAUCCGACUGGAGGAGCCAGACUAGGCACCAGAGUGCAAACUAUGAUUACGAUAUUACAGAACCAGGCUCCACUGGGGCUUUUCAGCAUCUACCCAGUUACAAAUAGGACAAAUAUCUUCUCAGUUGAAGAAGCGAACACUACAAUUUAUCUGAAAGUUUCACGGAGUAAUGGGCUCAACGUGUCUGUGAGUGUUGAGUGGGAGACGUUGUCGGAUACUGCAUUUGGCAUCAGGGGUAGUAUCAAUGUUCUGUCUGUUUUGCAAAGCUUUGUGGAAGAGUCGGCAGUUAGCUGGUGUUUCUUUCCAUCGGACGAAUUCCUGUAUGGUGUGCUGUUGCGUUCGCCUCCAGCUGUGUUUUCUACUCUCUACCAGUGGAAAGGAGUUUUUGUUGCCAUUGAGAAUUUCACUAUGUGGAAUCCUAAAAGCUGCGUGUCUUUCCAAAUCCAUGCCUCUCCCUACCUUGUGAUUACUCAUGGAGGAAGCAGUCGUGGAGCUUCCAACAGCAGUGUGUAUGCAUUCAUGCCUGGACGCAAACUAUUGAAGCUACAGACCCUCUCUAUUACGGAUACCACACUUGUCAAACAUUUUGCUGCAGAUGAAGAAAACUAUUUGAUUUUUGUGAGUGAUACCACCAGUUUCAGUUCCAUCCAGGUUUUCCAGUGGAAUAAAGAUAUAUUUGUGCUGCAUCAUCAACUUCCACUUUACGGAGCUCUGAACAUUGCCUUGUUUCCUCGAGGAGGCAUUAUGUACUUAGUAGUUUCUUUGUCUAAUACCAGCCAGAAUGUGCUCUUGUACCAGUGGCUGAAUAAUGAGUUUAGGAAUCUUCAUCAGUUACCAGUAAAAGAAAUAAAACAUAUGGAGGCCUGGACUUUUGGAUCUGAUAUAUAUUUAAUUGUUGCAAAAGAAACUGGAAAUUCUGAAAUUCUCAUCUGGGAGACAGGACAGUCUACCUUCAGACACUUUCAGUCUCUUCCAGUCUCUGCUGUAAGAAAUAUCCAUGUUUUCAUGCCUCCUUCAGGUUUAGUUCACAUCCUCAUCUCUGGUAAGGACACAACAACACUGUAUUCCUGGAACUCAGAAGGGAACCAGUUCUCUCUGACACUGGAAGCUCCCUAUGCAGAUCAUAUCACUUCCACUACUGCAAGGUCUCUGAACUCCAGCAAGAGCUUGAUUGCUCUUUCUAUAGACUCCAUCUCCCAGAUUUAUGAGCUGACAACUAUCUCCAACCAGUCAGACUUUAUACCUAGUUCAGGUGAAUUGAUAUUUGAGCCUGGGGACAUGGAAGCUGUGAUAGCAGUCAAUAUCCUGGAUGACAGCAUCCCAGAGGAGGAAGAAUGUUUUAAAGUGUGGCUGAAAAACCCUAAAGGAGGUGCAGAGAUUGGUGUUCACAGUUUCGUUAACAUAAUUAUUCCUCCUAAUGACAAUGCCUAUGGAGUCAUUGCAUUUGCUCAGAGUUCUUUAUUUAAGCAAAUUGAAGAAAUGGAACAGGACAGCUUGAUCACCCUGAAUAUUGAACGUUUAAUAGGAACAUAUGGACGAGUUACAGUAGAGUGGAUUGCUAAUGGGAGCAUAAGUGAUGUGUUUCCAGCUUCAGGAAUGAUUACAUUUUCAGAAGGUCAGGCCCUGUCCACAAUCACCCUGACAAUUCUCGCAGACAGUGUUGCAGAGCUUUCAGAGACGGUGGAAAUCACACUCACCCGUGUUACCACUGUGGAUGUUCAAGAUACCACAAAAGGAGCUGUCAUUGAUCCUGAAAGGGCAAGAGCUGUACUUAGCAUUUUACCCAGUGACUCACCGCAUGGUGUGAUUGAGUGGCAUAUGGAGUCCCUCUUUGUUAAAACCACAGAGCCAGAAGGGCAGGAGAAUUCAACUACUGUUACUCUACUAAUUGUUCGAGAGCAAGGAUUUGUCGGAGAUCUUUCCAUUCAGUUGAGCACUGCACCAAACUUUGAACUCCCCCCCUCCAACCGAGCAACAGAAAAUGAGGAUUAUAUACUGGAAAAGAAAACAGUCAUUAUGGCAGAGAAUGCAACAACAACCUCUGUCAUAGUCACUAUUUUGCCUGACAAUAUUCCAGAAUUACAGGAGGGAUUUAUAAUCAAUAUUACUGAUGUGCAGCUGAUCACUUUUUCCUCUGGAGGCCAGCCAAGUGUGAAGAGACUUGGAUUAGAAAUAGCUGAAAUAACAAUUGAAGAAAAUGAUGAUGCCAGAGGAAUAUUUAACUUUAAUGUUACAAAGGAUAUCACUGGAGCUGUUGUUGGUUAUGAGGUACCACCACCACAGAAUAUACUGAAACUCCCAGUUGUUCGACAGGCUGGGAGGUUUGGAUCAGCAACUCUCUACUGGGAAGCCAUUCAUUCAACUGCCAGCUUUGAAGACUUCACACCAUCAUUUGGAAACCUUACAUUUGCAGAUGGGCAGGCUACAGGAGAAAUAGAAAUUACAAUAAUAGAUGACAGUGAAGUUGAAUUCCUUGAGAUAUUCAAAAUUGCCCUGGUGAGAGUAACAGGUGGUGCAAGACUUGGGAAUGACACCCUGGUAACUGUUGCUAUUCCACCAAAUGAUUCCCCUGUUGGGGUAUUCAGUUUUGAGCAAAAUAAUGUAACUGUGAAGGAACCUCAGACAUCUGGUGACUCUGCUGCUGUUGUUUUGCUGAAUGUAAGCCGAAGUCAGGGAGGAAAAGGAGAAGUUACAGUGUUAUGGAUUCUUGAGGAAGCAGCCAGAUAUGAUCUGAGCCCUCUAAAUGGUACCCUUCAUUUCAGUGAGACUGAGUCCCAGAAGCUGAUUAUUUUACAUGCAAUACAAGAUGGUCUGCUGGAGGGGAAUGAAACAUUUACCAUUCAGCUAGUCUCUACUGGUGAUGCAGAGAUAUCCCCUGUAAAUGGUGUUGCAACCAUCAUUAUUUUGGGAGAUGAAGGAGCUUCUGGGGUGGUUGGGAUAGCCCAUUCAUCCCAGCACAUUUUGAUUGGAGAACCUUCUGGAAAUUAUAAUGGAACCGCUCUUAUUAGCCUGGUACGUGGCCCAGGGAUUUUUGGGGAGAUCAUAAUAUAUUGGAAUAUAACACCUCCUCAUCAGACAGAAUUUAUUGAGGUAUCGGGGACCUUGACCAUGCGAGAUAGGCAGUCUGCAGCAGUUGUUCUAAUACAGGCUGUAGAUGACGACUGUCCUGAGGAGAAGCAUUACUACCAGUUUCAGCUAACCAGAGUCAGUGGUGGAGGACUCAUAAAUGAAUCUAGCAGCACAGCAAAUAUUACCAUGGCCGCCAGUGAUUAUCCAUAUGGAGAGUUUACAUUUUCCCAUGAACUAUUGCAAACAACAGAAGACGAAAAAUGGGUUAACAUCACUGUUGUGCGUUCCAGGGGAUCCUAUGGCAGAGUGCGUCUUUGCUUUCAGAUAAUAAAUGGGACUGCAGAGGAAGGAAUUGAUUUUAGUCCCACAGUAAGGGAAAUAGUUUUUGAACCAGGGGAGAAAAGUAAAAUUAUUUUGAUUGAAAUUCAUGAUGAUGACUUUCCUGAAGGCCCUGAAAACUUUUCAUUGAUGAUUACUGAAGUGGAACUCGAAGGAAGGGGAUUUGAUUUUACUGUAAGAGAGAAUGGUCUACAAGUGGAUCAACCACCAAUAAUAGGAAAUAUCUCCACAGUAUGGGUCACUAUUGCAAAAAGUGACAAUGCUGAAGGUGUCAUAGAAUUUGAUCCACAGUAUGUCCUUCUACAGGUGGAAGAGGAUGUUGGAUUAAUCAUGAUUCCUGUUUUGAGAAAGCACGGAACUUACGGCAAUGUCACAGCUGAUUUUCUAUCUCGAAGUAUUUCUGCACUUCCUGAUGGUGUUGACUAUGUCGUUCAUAAUAAUACUGUAAUUUUUUAUCAUGGACAGAACCAGUCUUUUAUUUAUGUCUCUAUUAUAAAUGAUGAAGAAAGUGAAUUUGAAGAGCAAUUUGAAAUCCAACUGACAGGAGCCACUGGUGGAGCAGUGCUGGGGCUCCACCUGGUAAGCCAGGUCACCAUUGCAAAAAGUGACUCUCCCCAGGGCAUGGUCCGAUUUCUCAACCAAAGCCAAAUUAUUCUCCCCAACCCUGAUGCAACCACAACAGUGUCACUGGUGCUGGAAAGGACUGGGCGACUGGUGGAGGCACAGAUUAACUGGGACAUUUUGGGACCCAAUUCAGAAGAGAUUUUAUCUCCUCUGAAUAGUGACAUUGGUGACCCUGUGAAUGGAUCAUUCUAUUUUGAAGAAGGAGAAGGAGGUCUAAGAACAAUUAAUCUACAAAUCUAUCCUCAUGAAGAUGUUGAAGUUCAGGAAAUCUUCAUUAUUCGACUGAGUCUUGUGAAAGGUGAAACAGAAAUAGAUCCGAAGGCAAACACCAUUACAUUAAUAAUAGAGAAAUUUGGUGACCCCAAUGGAAUUGUACAGUUUGCUCCCGAAUCAUUAAUUGAGAGUAACUAUUCAGAGCCCUCAGGAGAAGAAGGGCCACAAAGUAUUACACUGUUUGUCAAACGAAUUCAAGGCAUUCUGGGGAACAUAACGAUUUACUGGGAAAUACGUAGUGAAUCUGACAUCACAGGUGACUUUCUUGAGACAGAGGGAUCUGUUGUCAUUGCUGACCAGCAGAGCACAGCUGAGAUAACUAUCUACCUGUUACCUGAUGAUGUUCCAGAACUGGAUGAAAACUACGAGGUACAGCUGAUUUCAGUGGAAGGUGGAGCAGAUUUAGACCAUGAGAAGGGAAUUUCAAAGAUCACAGUGUUUGCAAAUGACGAUCCUUAUGGAGUGUUUGCCCUGUACUCUGAUCAUCAGUCAGUAUUGGUAGAAAAAGCCCUGGAUCGCUAUGUUCAGAUUAAUGUAACUCGGCAUGCUGGGGCAUUUGGAGAAGUGAUGGUUGAGUACCGUGUCAUAUCCCCUUAUGAUGAAGCACUAAUUGAACCCGAGAAUGAAGUGGGAUUCCUCACAAUAAAGGACGGUGCCAGCUUUGGAGUAAAAAGAGUGCCAAUAAGCAACCAGGCAUUUAUUUUACUGGGCUUGAAUUUUACUCUGGAACUGACUAAUGUAAGCCUGGUUAGGGGAAGUGCCAAGGAAGUGCCUAAAAUAUUGGGAAUAGCAAAGUCUGUUGUGCUGCUUAUUCCUGAGGAAGCUGCCAAUUCACAGGUUGGCUUUGAAUCUGUGAUAUUACGACUUACAAACAUUGUAGCAGGGACAGGCCAUGCUGUUAUAACCAGAAGAGGAGCUUAUGGCUCUGUAAUAGUUAGCUGGAUUUCAGGAUGCCCACCAGACCUAGUCACUGACUCUGUUAUACUAGGCAAUAUUACACCUCCAUUUGGUACUGUUGUAUUUUCCUCUGGGGAGAAAAGUAAAGUAAUUUCAUUUCAGGCUACUCCAAGCCUAAAUAAACCUGAGACAUUUGCCAUCACUUUAACAGCAGUGCACAGCAAUGUGUCUGGAGGGGCUCGCCUGAGAUCAGGAUUUACGAUAGCUUAUAUUGAGCCAAUGGGGAUCUUCCAGUUUGAUCUUAACUCAAGAUCAGUUUCAGUUGAAGAAGAUGUCCAGGUAGUCAGACUACAUGUUCAGAGAUUGUUUGGUUUCCAAAGUAAUCUCACUAAACUGACAUAUCAGACCAUUCCAGGAAGUGCCAAACCACUAGAAGACUUUAUACCCAUCUACAAUGGAGAGCUUAUGUUUUUACAUUUUCAGACAAAUGCAGUGAUAGAAAUAUCAAUAAUUGAUGACACUGUGUCUGAAAUACAAGAAUUCUUUUUUGUAAAUUUGACUUCUGUGGAAAUUCUGGAUGUUCAACCUGCAAACCUUGACUGGAGUCCCCGUUUGAAUCCAGCUUUCAGUGUUGCAACAGUUAAUAUCCUGGCUAAUGAUAUUCAUCAUGGAAUACUAAGUUUGGGACCAGAGUUUGUUUACGUUGAAGAAGAUACAAACAGCAAUACCUCCAACAGAGCAGUGCUUCAGAUCAGAAGGACCAAGGGAUUUAUUGGUGAUAUUAAAAUAACUGUUAAAACUUUUGGGGGAGUGAGCGCACAGAGUGCAGUGUUUCCUUUUGAGAAUGUUUAUGGAAAAUCAAACUUCUCAUGGGCAAUGGAAGGAGAAGAUUUUGAAGAACAGACAAUCUCUCUGAUUUUGCUGGAUGGAGAAAGUGAAAGCCAGGUCUCCAUAAAAAUUUUUGAUGAUGAUGAGCCUGAAGGACAGGAAUCAUUUUAUGUUUUCCUCUCAGAUCCUGAGUAUGGAGCUCAGAUUGUGGAAGGAAGGGAUGAACAUGGAUUUGCUGCUUUUGCAACAGUAAUUAUUUCAGGAAGCGAUCUCCAGAAUGGUAUUUUGGGAUUCAUUCCAGAAGUACAAAGUGGCCUGAUACUUGAUGAAGACUCAGAAAACAGAGAGGUGCUGCUGACUGUCGCACGGCAACCAAACAGGGCUUUUGAAGAUGUGAUGGUCUUCUGGCGUGUGACCUUUAAUAAAACAGCUGUUGUCCUUCUGAAGGAUGGUGUGAACUUGGAGAAUGAGCUUGUAUCUGUGCUGGGAGCCACGACCUGCAUGGCAGGUCAAACAACGUGCAACAUUUCCAUUGAAAUAAAACCUGAUCAGGUACCAGAAUUUGAAACUUAUAUUUUUGUUGAGCUGUAUGCUGUAAGCUCAGGAGCUGCUUUGAACAACAGUGCCAGAUUUGCUUUUAUAACUGUCCUGGAAAGUGAUGCUCCUCAUGGUUUAGUGUAUUUUGCUGUGGGAUCUCGAUUUGCUGUGGCUUAUAAGAAGACAGCUUUAAUCAGUCUGCAAGUUCUUAGAGACUCUGGUACAUCAGUAACCACAAUGGUUAGCUACAGUAUGCAGGAGCUACAAAAACCUGAACCUAUUGGACGGACCUUCGUAUCUCCAGCUGUGGCAGGACAAGAUUUUGCCAGAUCUGAAGGUUUAUUGACUUUUGAACACGGACAGAGAAAUGCAUUCCUGGAUGUGACCCUGACUCCAAAGACAGGAUCUUUAAACCCAUUUCCUAAACGUUUCCAGGUUGUACUUUCUAAUCCCACAGGCGGUGCCAGGGUAGAUGAUGUGUAUGGUGUUUCUAACAUCACCAUUGUCUCAGAUUUGGACUCCUUGCCAGUUUGGGGACUGAUUGAUCAACUGCAUCAGCCUCUUGAUGACACCAUUUUACACAAAAUCCUUCAGAAUCUGAAUGUCAAAGUGGCUACAGAAACUACAGAAGAGCAGCUUACUGCUGUGGUGCAUAUAAUAGAUAAGGUUACAGGUGUAGGUGAAAAACUGUUACUCACUGAUAAAAGCAGAAGUCUUUUCUAUGAGAUACUCUGUGCUCUGGCUAGCCCAAAACGUGAGGACACACAAGGAUACAGCCUGCUUGCUGAGGUGACUGAGAAGUUUGCUUUUUCUCUGUUGACUGGGAUAAAGUGUGGAUCACCAGGAGAAAGAGGCAAAAAUAUCCUUGACAGCUGCCCAUAUAUUGCAAUAAUGGCUCACAGCUGGUUUCCUCAGCAAAUAAAUGGACAUAAAUUUAAUGGAAAAGAUGGGGAUUCCAUUCAAGUACCUGAACAUCUACUAGAGGUGUCUGUAGUAUUAUCAUCUUCCCAGGAGGAGAACUGUGAAUCCGUGCAGUUCACAGAAUACAGCAGCCAGCAGUGGUUCCUUACUGGAGAUAAAGAGCUUGCCCUGAAGAACAAGGUUUUUUCAAUGAGCUUGAAGGGUCGGAGUUCACAACCUUUGAAAGAUAGCAAUGAAGUAAUUUAUCGUAUUUAUGCUGAAGGAAGUCGGAUUGUUCCACGGAAGUCUCUAUGUCUGCUUUGGAAUCAAGCUGCUGAAAGCUGGCUGUCUGAUAGUGGGUUCUGCAAAGUGGUUGAUGACACAUCAGAUUAUGUGGAAUGCUCCUGUUCUCAUAUGUCUAUUUAUGCAGUUUAUGCCCAAACAGAUAAUUUGUCUUCAUACAACGAGGCUUUUUUUUCUUCUGGAUUCAUCUGCAUUUCAGGUUUCACUUUGGCUAUCAUCUCCCACCUUUUCUGCACCAGGUGUGCCAUGUUUGCAGCUAAACUUCUCACUCACAUGAUGGUUGCUUGUUUGGGUACUCAGGUUUCAUUUCUGGCCUCUGCUUACAUGAGCCAGCAUAUCUCAGAGGAAAGCUGCUUUGCUCUCGCAUCUGUUACCCAUUAUCUUUACCUCUGCCAGUUCAGCUGGAUGCUUAUUCAGGCUGUUAAUUUCUGGUACGUCCUUGUGAUGAAUGAUGAGCACACAGAGAGGCGCUAUCUGCUUUACUUCCUUUUGAGUUGGGGGCUUCCAGCUUUUGUUGUUAUCCUUCUUCUAAUUAUCCUGAGAGGAAUCUACCAUCACAGCACAGCAGAGAUUUAUGGCCUUGUCUACGGUGAUCUGUGUUUCAUUCCAAAUGCCUAUGCUGCUCUCUUUACUGCUGCUCUGGUGCCAUUAAUGUGCCUAGUGGUGGUUUUUGUGGUGUUCAUCCACGCCUACCAGGUGACUCCUCAAUGGAAGGCAUAUGACGAUAUUUUCAGAGGAAGAACAAAUGCAGCAGAGAUCCCCUUGGUCUUGUACCUGUUUGCCCUGAUUUCCAUCACCUGGCUGUGGGGAGGACUGCACAUGGCUUAUCGGCACCUCUGGAUGUUAGUCUUCUUCAUCAUCUUCAACAGCCUGCAGGGUCUUUAUGUGUUUGUGGUGUAUUUUAUCCUGCACAACCAACUUUGCUGUCCUGUGAAAGCAAGUUACACUGUAGACAUGAAUGGGCAUACAACUCCAGGAUCAGCGUUUUUCACACAUGGCAGUGGCCUGCCAGCUGCAGGAGGAGAGAUCAGCAAGUCCACACAGAACCUCAUCAGUGCUAUGGAGGAGGUACCUGCAGACUGGGAGAGGGCAUCCUUGCAGCCUGCUAGUCAAGCUAGUGCUGCAUUUAAGCAGAGUCCACAAAAUGGUAAUGUUUUCCACCCUUCUGGAGGAUUCAGUACCAGCUCAUUAGUUGCUGAUGAGGAAUCACAAGAGUUUGAUGACCUAAUAUUUGCUUUAAAGACUGGUGCAGGUCUCAGUGUCAGUGAUAAUGAGUCUUGUCAUGGCAGCCAGGAUGGUGGCAGUAUGGCUAACUCGCAGAUCGUGGAGCUUAGAAGAAUACCCAUAGCUGACACUCACCUCUAACUCCGCAGCUUGCUUGGGUUUUUGUUGUUGUGGUGGUUUUUUAUUCAAGCCUCAGUAUUUUUAUAUUUUACUUCCUUUUGCACUAAAACACUAUAUGAAACUGUAGUAGAAUGCUGUUAUCUUUACUGAAUGUUUAAACAAGAAAUGUUUGCUUGAGGUUUUGUACAUCAGAAAAAAAACUGUAAAUUUUUUACAGUGGGUGAGCAACAAUUGAUACUGUGACGAUUGGCCUAGAUUUGUAUCUUGUAAGUAGAUGAUACAUUUCAUAAACUGUAACCUUUUUUAAAUUAACCUGUAUAUUAACGCUCAUUAAUAAAGCAAUAGAGUCUGUUUGAUACAAA